GGGACCCACCGAUCGAGAAAUCUACAUUUCCCAACGGUACACUAUUUACAGUAAGCUACCCUACGGUACGCGUCUUGAUGGAAAUCAUGUUUUCACCACUCCUCCUAUCCGCAUUUCUCUUGUACAACCCGGUCCGUGGUGUACUAGUACCACGGAGUGUUGAGCCAACACCUACAAAACCAUCACUAGUCACGCUUGUAGUGGAGAUCACUCCAGCUCCGGCGAUGCCACCCGUCGCGGCCGAAUUACUUCGUCGGGGUUCGAAUCCUGCAAUAAUCCCCAAGGAUGAUUCGGAUUUGAUGAGACGUCAAGCCUGUGGUGCCUAUUAUGUUACUUGUGGGAGUGGGAGUUGCUGUUAUCUUGGCCAGGAAUGUUAUAAGAAUUCCGCUGGGGGAGAUAGUUGUCGAUAUCCCGAUGUGAUGGACUAUUCGUCACUCCUAGCAUCAUUAACGGCGAUUUAUGGAGGGAAUUCGUUCGGUUAUGAUGCCGGGGUAUACUCCAGUAUUUACUCUUCAUAUCUGGAUCUUCUCACGGGAGCAUAUUCUUUACCCGGCGCGAGUAACCCGACCAUGGGGCAUAACCUACCUGUUAGCACCGCCAGAACCGGGUCAUCAAACUCCAAUUCCGGCUCCGCUAGUAGCUCCAGUUCAAGUAGCACCGGCUCUAGCACUAAUGAAAAGAAGUCCAACACGGGCAUGAUUGUUGGGAUAGCUGUGGGCUCAGCAGUAGGUUUGGCCAUCAUAGGGGCCAUAGUCUGGUACUGCCGCCGGAAGAAUCGUGUGCCAACUCCGGUUUCUUAUCCUGUGGGCAUGGCGCAAGGAGGUACUACACCGUUCCAACAAUACCCACAGUCACAGCAGGUGUACGCUGCUCAGGCUUCUCAGGUCGAUAUAAAGCCUCCACAAGUGUACCAGUUCCAGCAGCAACCAUUCGUAACAGAGAUUAGCGGGACAGGAAUUGCACCGCAAUACCAGGUGCCUCCAGGGAACGCGUUUUAUGCUGUGCAGAGUACAGGGUAUCAAGGGCCUGUGUCUCCGCCAUCGCAAUCACUCGCUCAGGAGAUGAGUAGUGAUACACAAUUAUACCCGCCCCAACCCCACCAACAGCAACCGCCAUAUGGUCUUCCGAGCAAUGGGACGCAGGGACCACCUGCUGAGAUGGAUUCGGGGCAACGGGGAUAGUGUGAAUUGUGGGUUGGAUAAGAACCCGUACAUUUCCUGCGGAGUUGUUUGACACUUUGAUUUUUGAGAUUGGGUAUUAGUGGCGCUGGGUUUUUGUCUUCCCUUGGUUAUUCUAGAGGGGAAGGGGAACUGUGGAUUAUGUCGAGGUUCUUGAUAUCUAUGUAUCUGGAUUCAUUUGGCUUAGGUUCUGUUUGAGCUUUGAAUUAUGCUGUUUGACACCUGACGAGUGCAGAAGUAGUGUGAGUGAUAAUUAGGGGUGGGGGGGCGGUGUCUUGGUCAGAGCUGGUGAUUUUUGGCUGGGUAUGUCCCAUUUGACCUUUAUGAUGCUAUAAUAGGAUAGGCUCGAGCUGGAGCUUGGGUUGGAGUUGAUGUCAAUUCUUCAGAGUUAUGUCAGUUGCUUACUCGUGCAUGUCUCGGCAGUUGCGGAUCAUGGUUGUGCUUUCGGGUCUCAAGGCUAUUUCUCAGCACGCCAACAAUCUCCUCUGGCACCGGGACAUGUGAAUUACCGCAAGUUCGCUUGUUCGGCAUCUUUGUUUCCACCUGCGCAUUACACCGUGCCUUACUAGCAUCGCCUCUCCCUUAGUAGGAACACAAACCAUUCCUCCCCUUCCUUCCAUCCUCCAAUCUCGUUUUUUAGACCGAGAUUUUAGCCCCUGGGUCUCCAGACUCGCAUACCAAUCCUUAAGUAUUCAGCCGGGUGUGAUAGCUGGCAGCGCACCGGCAAAUUCUGGGAAGUGAUAUAGAGCUGAAGUCCAGACAACUCACGAUAAUAUCCUAACCUAUCCACUCGAGUGGAAGUUGGCGGCUUGCCCUCAUUCUCACCCUUUCUUUCCCAGGCCCUUCCACCCUUACUGUCAGUUUGCUGUCGGGGCUGCUGGCGUAUUAUCUUACCCGUAUUGGAAACAUGCAAUUGCAAGUGUUUGAUCAUUGUGGAUCACUCGGGGUACCCCGCUAUUCUGGGAGGUGGAGCAGAUCUGGAGAACAGUCAACUAGACAGGCGCAGUGCAGAGAUUGUCCUAUUCCCAGGUACCUCUCCCUGUUCCCAACAUGAACUGUGGGGCGAUUUCACCCGUUGUAUGCACUUCUAUUCUUUCGAUGACGAUGUCUGGUGACUGGCGUCCUUGUUACCGGUAAUAUGAUAUAGUGAAUGCGAGGGUGUUGCUCUUGAGUUCUGUCAAGCAGAUCUAUUGGAUGUUCCGUGAAGCCGCCCUGUCUUAAAUGCUGGAUGAAUCACGUGAUGCUCGAUAAGGCAGCUCUUUAUUUUUUCCUUUUUUUCUGCUUCCCCCCCCUCCCUACUCGAAUACUCAAGUAUUGCGUAGUUAUUAACUUUAUGUUUUUUUGCUGCUGAUAAUUGCCCAACUUGCGGGGCUGCGAGACGCCAAGGACUUAAUUCUGUCCUGCCGCCAGCAAGACCCUGCACAACUUGAUAUGUAUGAUACUCUAUUUGGUAUCUGCUGAGCCAGGAGAGAUCAACAUGGAGAACAUGAUACAAUGUCCAGUGCAAGGUAGCCACGCACCCUCUCGAGGAUUCUGUAUCCAUUGCUGCCACGGAACUGGAACUCCAGCCGCAACAGCUAAUCGGCUUUUAACGUGCCAUCCGAUACGUCAAUUUUUGGGAGAAAAGCGUUCACACAGCAGCACAUUGACCAUGAGAAGGACUUUCCUCCCUUUCACCAUUUUGAACUGUUGAUAUUCUUUGGUCGCCCUUGCACUAUCGGACGACCACUACUCGGACCCACUGAACCCUGAUCGAAUGGCUCCACUAUCUGCACGGGACAUUGCUCAUUCACCAAAGCAUAUUAAAAUUAUCUUUGGCAUUUUUACUGCUGCUUUAGCCUUACUGGUGAUGCUUGGGGCUUAUUUCUGUUGGAGGUAUUGGCCAUUUGGGAAAUUGCCGAGGAUUAUGGUUGCUACUGGAGGACGACAUGAACGCUGCAGAGGCUACAAUGAAGCUGGGGAUAUCGAAAGCAACUCGGGAUCCUCUGUCGGCCCUGAAACAGAUAUAGCGCAAUCACCCUUGGCUUCUCCGUCGGCAUUUGGAGGGAAUGGGGAGAAGGAGUUGAUGGAGCCCGAACCUGAUACUGCCAACUACCCUCAUCCUGCUGACGCGGAAACUCGCGAUGCAUCAUCUGAGGUUGGCGAACUAUCGCGAGCGGCCCGCGUUUUACAAUUUGUUAGAAGGCCUUCUUACUUCUUCCCCUCGCCGGCGCCUGAGAUCGCAUGUAUGGUCCCACGGGAGGGGGAUGGAUCUGAUGCCCCACCGCGCACAGCUCCACCAACUCUAACCCUCACCCUUCCUCCUUCGACCAUUAACUGGGGAACGUACGAUGCAUCGCCGGUAAUUUGUGCUAGUCCGGCUACUACGAUACCAUUCACCCCGUACUCUGAACAGCCCAGCUGUGCGGAGACAGAUGUUACCGUCGCGAACUUUGAGCAAGAACUCGCCAAGAACUCUCGACAUAAUGGCCCAGGGGAGAGGCGGAAACGACUGUCCGUCCAGAGCCAGAAUAGCGGUCUCAGUCUGAUCAGUGGGGAUAGCGCUAGGGUUAGCUUGGCACAAGUUGCGACGAAACCGAAGUCGAAACCCAGGAUUAGAGUUAUUGGUGGGAUGUAGGGGUGCACUGCCUCCGUCGCUGGCCAUCCCUUUAUUUUUACCCAUUGCUGCAGGCCAGCUAUAUUUUUUCCAAUUACGGUACAGUGAGCUCAGUCAAGGAUUUAUGAGUGCUGCUACAUUUGUAGAAUGGGUUCUUUCCAUCGAGCUGUGCUCACGAUGGUCUUCAAGUCCUGGAGCUGAUACCCCUCCGCCCUGACAUAACUGACGGGGCUACCAAUCGACAUCUGCGACACGAUACAACUAUCGCACUGGAUUCACUAUAUAUUUCCAUACUACAUAUGAUACUUAUCUCACUUUCGUUUCAUGUACCUACCUAUUUUGGUUUUGACUAUUUUUCUUCUUUAUUUUCAUUCAUUCAUUCCUUUGGAGUUGGGGAAUGGCGUUGGUUGGCUGGUUUGGCUGGUUUCUCACAUGGUUUACGACUCACGCUAUAAUGUAGUAUUUGAUGGUACGAUAAUCUAUAAAUCAUGGUGUCCA